AUGCCUUCCCCAGAUGGCAGGAUGCGGUCCCAACGCCUAAUUCUGUUGCUCGCCAUCCUGCUUUUCGCAUGCCUCUCCAUUGUUUACAUCCGCCCGCCUGCAACCCCGGCAACCGCAGACUCCCCGCAACCACCAGCAAUAGCUCAUCCUACCCCCGAUCGGAUCAAGCAUACCAUACAACAUACAUCGCAAAUCCCGUCGCAGGAAACGAAACAUCCGAUUGCAAAGCUCAUCGAAAAUGCCGGUCAAAAUUUCGAUCAUACGCGAUCGCGCCAAUCUACUUCGUUGGCUCAGGCUGUGAAGGAAUACAAGCGCCGCUACAAUAUGCACCCGCCACCUCAUUUCGAUAAGUGGUUCAAAUUUGCUCAAUCGAAAGGCGUUCAACUGAUCGAUGAAUUCGACUCGAUUUAUCACUCUCUUUUGCCUUUUUGGGCUGUAAAUCCGGCAACUCUUCGCAAGCGUGUUCACGAGACCCUCGGAUUUGAUAAUGCUGUACUGGGAGUACUGAUCCGUGAUGGCAAAGUGACUCUGUCAGAGGGUGGCGGGGAAGAUCGCCAGUGGCAGCGCGAGGCUACAGUGGCCAUGAUGGCGGGGUUCGUGAAAUACUUGCCGGAUAUGGACUUGGUUUUCAACAGCCACGAUGAGCCACGGGUUAUCGUGCCUGGAGAUGAUCUUCAGCGCCUUGUGCAGAUUGCUACGAACAAUGUGAUUCCUGCCGCUUUCAGUACCAAGCCCACGAACAAAUGGUCUCCUCGCGCAACCGAUUUAAACAAGGGAGACCGUCUCGAUGAGGUCCGCGCGACUCAAUUCGUUCGCUUUUCGCACCAACCCACAUGGACACACUCCCGGACAUCGUGCCCAGUUGACAGCCCCUCACGAUCACUUGACGAUGAGCCAGUAGAUGCUACUCACUUAUAUGCCUACGGAGACUUGGGUUUCAUUGCAAAUACUACCGCUUUCACUGAUAUCUGUCUCACCCCAUCCCUGCGACAAAGCUACGGUUUCUUUGACCGCGCGAACGCUUUCGAUAUCGUGACUGAGCUGUUCCCUAUCUUCUCACAGAGCAAAAUAUCUAGCUUCCAAGACAUUCUCUAUCCAAGCCCUUGGUAUUGGGCCGACCAGGUUCCAUAUACCCGGGAGAGGGACAUGGACUGGGCAGCCAAGUCAGACCGUAUGUACUGGCGUGGCUCCACAACUGGCGGCUUCUCGAGAGCAGGUGGCUGGCGCAGACACCAUAGACAGCAUUUUGUCGGCAAUGUCAACUCCCUGGGCGCAGCGAAGACUCUCGUCCAGCAGGCAGACGGCGCAUGGGUCCCGCAAAUAGUUCGCCAAGAAGAAUUCAAAGAUUCCUUCGAUGUCAGAUUCACCUCUGUCGGCCAGUGUGAUGCUACUGAUUGCCGUGCGCAAGAACAAUAUUUUGGUGUGGUAGAGAGGGCGGAUCGGCAGGAUGCAUGGGCACACAAAUACCUCGUUGAUAUUGAUGGUAAUGCUUUCAGUGGACGAUUCUAUGCUUUCAUGCAUAGCAAAAGCUUUGUCUUUAAGACUGCACUCUUCCGCGAAUGGCACGAUGAAUGGCUUAAGCCUUGGGUGCACUAUGCUCCUCUCAGUUUGAAGGGUGAUGAGCACACUGAGAGUAUGCGGUAUUUUUUGGCUGAGGAAGAGGGCCGGAAAGCAGCGCCGAAGAUUGCAGCGCAGGGUCAGGAAUGGGCGCAGAAAGCGCUACGGAAAGAAGAUUUAGAGGUUUGGUUUUUCCGAUUGCUCUUGGAAUAUGGACGUCUGGUGGAUGAUAACCGAGACAAACUUGGUUUCUCGCUAUGA